UGGUUUUGAGUUCUGAAAAGCCAAAUAAACAAAGAACCAAGCCUAGGUUAGGGUUUCCUAUUGAUGAACAAACUCCAUAACCAGAUAACCUUCAACAGAAAUAUUCAACAUUUCAUCAUCAAAGGUAACAUCCGAUUGAUAACAUGUCAACCUCUCACUUUCCUUUUUAUUUUCUAUUCGAUCCGAUGUGCCUACCUGUUUCGCAAAGAAAUCCCAUUACACAUCUGCAAAUCUAGGGCUUCUUGUUUCAACUCACAACCGAGUUAACUCAACUCAUUAGAUCUUCUUAUAUGCAAAAAGAUUCCACCUUUAAUACUCAAGAUUGUAGUUUGUUAGUUAUUGAUUUGAAGCAUUAGUUAUCAAUUGUUGUUUUUAGAAUUUUAGGGUUUUGAAAAGAUGGUUGUAGGGUUAGGUGAGGCUUCUCAUGAACAAGAUGAGGGGAGACAAUUGAGUUAUUUUGGGGGAACUAGUUCAAGUAGUUCGAGAAACACGAGCCCGAUAGGCCGGGGGCUAGGGUAUCGGAACGUUAGCCCGUCUAGACAGAAGGUGAUCAAGACAAAACCAAGAGGUUUAGAUGAGGAAAUGGUUGCUACAUUUGCCAAGGCUCCACACCCUGAUGUUGUUGUUCAUAUGGAAGAUAAUAUAUGGGCUAUGUUACCGGAAGAUCUGUUGAAUGAGAUACUAGCUAGGGUUCCGCCUUUUAUGAUAUUCCGUCUUCGUUCCGUUUGUAAGAGGUGGAAUUUGAUCUUGCAGGAUAACGGGUUUCUUAAGUUUCAUUCGCAAGUUCCGUCGCACGGGCCUUGCCUUCUUACGUUUUGGAAGAAUUCACAAACGGGUCAAACGCCACAUUGCUCGGUUUUUAGCUUGCCGUUGAAACAAUGGUAUAAAAUCCCUUUUACGUUUUUACCGCAGUGGGCGUAUUGGCUGGUUGGAUCGUCGGGUGGGCUUGUUUGUUUCUCGGGUCUUGACGGUUUAACUUUCAGAACGUUAAUCUGUAACCCCCUCACGCAAAGUUGGAGAACGCUACCGAGUAUGCAUUAUAACCAACAAAGACAGUUGAUUAUGGUUGUCGAUAGAAAGAAACGGUCUUUCAAGGUCAUUGCAGCGAGUGAUAUAUACGGCGACAAAUCGCUACCGACUGAGGUAUAUGAUUCAACGCUCGACAGCUGGUCGCUUCACCAGACGAUGCCCGCUGUCAAUCUUUGCUCAUCAAAGAUGGCAUUUUGUGACUCGAGACUGUACAUGGAAACGAUUUCGCCUCUCGGUUUGAUGAUGUAUCGGUUGGAUGCAGGGUAUUGGGAACAUAUACCUGCAAAGUUCCCACGAUCUUUACUAGACGGGUAUUUGGUUGCGGGGACGCAAAAGCGUCUGUUUUUGGUUGGAAGAAUCGGUCUUUAUAGUAAUCUACAAAGUAUGAGAAUUUGGGAGUUGGAUCACGCAAAAGUGAUUUGGAUUGAAAUAAGUAGAAUGCCGCCAAGGUACUUUAGAGCGCUCUUGAGGUUAUCGGCUGAGAGAUUCGAGUGUUUUGGGCAAGAUAAUUUGAUAUGUUUUACGUCUUGGAAUCAAGGGAAAGGCUUGAUCUUUGAUGUUGAUAAAAAGGUGUGGUCUUGGAUUACCGGUUGUGCGUUACAGACGUAUAACAGUCAGGUCUGUUUCUAUGAGCCACGGUUUGAUGCUUCUAUGUACUAAAGGUGGUAGUUUUGGUCGCUUUGUUAUAACCUGAACGUUCGUUAUGGCCUAAACGUGGUCAUAGACAUCGGCUACCUGACCAUGGUUCUUGUCCGUCUGCUCAAGAGUCGAGACAACACCAUCUGUCCCAAACGAAGACCGUUUGUGUUUUGCGGUUCGAGAUCAGUUUUUGAGGGCAGGAUGGGGAUUCAAAUUUUCAGAAACUUUCCAUUAAAAGUUGUUGUAUACUUCUUGCUAUUGGUUACAUACAGUUUAUUGUUUUGGGUACUUUAUGAAUUUUCAUGUCUGGCAAGUUUUGAGGUCAAAUAUAUGGCAUUUUUCA